AGGACCGUCUAUGGCGGGGCCGUCGUAAAACGAAACAUGGCGUCCGUGAGGUUAUUGCUAUGAGGCGCUGCUCCGUUUCCCUACGUUAAAUGUGGCAUCGGACAUACGCGAGCUGCGGGCUGACGCGGAGGGUCGCGUCCACGGGGCCUCGGAGCGCGUCCCUGUGAAAUACCACGUGAGUCCGGUCGCCGCCCGCGACAGUAGAGACCUGGGAGUCAGCGAAGGAACACGGGGCAGCACAUCCACAGUCAACACACACACACACAUACAUACAUACAUACAUACACAUACAUAUACACUGAGUAGUGAGCUUGUGAGUAUCAACACACCCUGACGCGAGGAUCUCCGCACCAGGGUGCGAGUGCGAUUUCUCUCCAGGAACACCCUCUCCCCGGAUCGAAUCCGCGAGCGCCGAGAGUUCGACCUUCUCCUCCCUCCCCCCUCCCCUUCCCCCAAACGGUACCCUCCCCCGAUAGAGAUAAGAGACGUAGGGGCGCCUCCCUCCCUCGUGUUCGCGGACACGCGCCGGUCCCGGGGACGAUCGACUCGGGAUGCUUUCGCUGGAGCGGCGUACUCCGGAUCAGCUGUCAAGCACGUCGUUGCCGAGGAGUGUUUUCGAUGGUGACGAUUACGACUCGAGCUUUUCGCGGAGCCCGGGAUAUUGUGAACUCGCGAGGUGCGACGUCUUCUCCGUGGCAUCCGGGGACAACCGCGUCGUCGCCGAGGAUGCAGCUGAUCUCGCGGUCGUGCCGAGUCCUCUAGAGCGGUAGGAAGAUAAACGGCAACGAUAUAAAUCAUUAUUCCUGCGAGAAGCGAGGAUACAGGCGUCCUCGAGAGGAAAAGAGAGGGUGUUGAGUUACUCUACAGAAGAGAGGAGCGAGGAGAGUGUCGAGCCAUAUGCCGCCAGCCGGGCUUUCGGCGAGAGGCUUGUCUACCUUGAUGGACCACGGACAACCGGACGCUCGUCAUCGGAGCGAGCGUUUCCUACUAUAUCCAGAGAAUGGCUCCUCACAUCCUCAUAGUCCGAACACGGCCAACUCGUCGCCAAGAUAUCAGCACAACAGCAGAACCAAUAGUCACACUACCACUAGCUACGGAUACAUAUAUGGACGUACAUCCAGCAACAAUAUGUCGGAUAGCAGUGUUUCUGAUACACAUAGUGGUGGAACUGCGAGAACUGUCUCUCAACAGACUAGUCCCUCUCACGGCACACAUUCCUCUUCUCAAUCGCGACAGGACAACAGUACCACUAUCUUCACAGCCCUAUUUGAUUAUGUUGCUCAGGGUGAAGACGAGUUAUCCCUGCAGAGAGGGGAAACCGUUGAGGUUUUAUCUAAGGACGCUAAAAUCUCAGGCGACGAGGGAUGGUGGACUGGAAAAAUUCGUGGGAAAGUUGGGAUUUUUCCCGCAAAUUUCGUCGCAGAAGCGGAAAGCAUCGAUAGAGUUUCGUCGGUGAUUGAUAAAGUCGAACCUAUCGAGAUCGAUUUUGACGAAUUGCAGUUGGAAGAAGUUAUAGGAGUUGGAGGGUUUGGAAAAGUGUACAGGGGUUUUUGGAAUAAACGCGAAGUAGCCGUGAAAGCUGCGCGUCAAGAUGCAGGCGAGGAACCCAGUGUAACGUUAGAAAAUGUACGGCAGGAAGCAAAGUUAUUUUGGUUGUUAAAACAUGAAAAUAUUGUGCAAUUGGAAGGAGUAUGCUUAAAGAUGCCUAAUAUGUGUCUUGUGAUGGAGUACGCUCGUGGCGGUAGUCUUAAUAGAGUCCUUAAUGGCAGGAAAAUAAGGCCCAAUGUGUUGGUCGAUUGGGCGAUACAGAUUGCGAGAGGCAUGGAUUAUCUUCACAACAAGGCUCCUAUAAGUCUUAUUCAUAGAGAUCUAAAAAGUUCCAACGUCUUACUAAGCGAGCCAAUUGAAAACGACGACUUUCAAUACAAAACUUUGAAGAUCACAGACUUUGGAUUGGCGAGGGAAGUUUAUAAAACGACUCGUAUGUCCGCGGCUGGCACGUACGCUUGGAUGGCUCCAGAAGUUAUUAAGCAGAGUACCUUUAGUAAAGCCAGCGAUGUAUGGAGUUAUGGCGUAUUGCUAUGGGAACUUUUGACUGGAGAGACACCAUACAAGGGUAUCGAUGCUCUGGCUGUAGCAUAUGGUGUUGCUGUCAAUAAGUUGACUCUACCUAUACCAUCUACUUGCCCUCAACCCUGGAGGGUCCUCAUGGAAGAGUGUUGGGCAUCAGACAGUCAUGCUCGUCCUGGAUUCACGGAUAUUUUAACAGCUUUGGAUGAUGUGUGCAAUGCAUUUGCGGCAACACCACACGAAUCUUUUCACACGAUGCAAGAAGAUUGGAGGCUGGAAAUCGAAGAAGUUCUGCAUGGAUUGCGCAUGAAGGAAAAGGCAUGCCGUUCUUUAGAAGAGGAGCUGCGCUGUAGAGAAGAAGAACUCACGAAGGCACAAGUUCAACAGAGACAGCAUGAGGAAAAUUUGAGGAUGCGGGAACAAGAAUUGGCCGCGCGCGAGAUAGAUCUUUUGGAGCGGGAACUUACUGUAAUGAUUAUACAACAACAAAACACGCCUACGCCGAACAAGAGACGCGGCAAGUUUAAAAAGUCGCGAUUAAGAUUAAAUAAGAAAGAACCUGGGAGCAACAUCAGUGCACCAUCAGAUUUUCGUCAUACAAUCACUGUUCAGCAUACAGCCUUAGAUCGAGGUAAGGUGAGGAACCCGUCAAGACCUAAUAGUCCUCCAGGUUCACCCAGCAUUCCGAGACUCAGAGCGAUCGCAUUACCUGCGGAUGGAGUUAAGGGUAAGACUUGGGGACCAUCGACGCUACAUCAACGUGAACGCGGGGCUAUUAUCACCCAGCCGCCAAAUCCCGCCUCACCAGGCGGCAAACGCUGGUCCCGUUCCGCGCCAGAUCUUGAAAAGACACCGCUGCGUACGGCCCUGUUGGCGAGCGCGCAUCGCUCCCCGCUUCUUCAGGAAAUAGGCCUCUCUGAGGAAAGCAUCUACCAUACCCAUUAUACAGCAUUACCGCCCGAUCUGUCGACCGAUUGGAUAACGUCGGAUUACCCUCUGAAGCCCGGGCUGACCGGGCCGUACAUCAUGCCGAUGCCAGUCCCGAUGCCGACUCUGUACAACGGCGAGACGAAGAGGUCGAGGCUGAGCAUAAUCGAGCUGGUCCUGUACGACAUCGCGGCGAUGCUGGCCGGCGUGGCGGCCGGUUACGAUGUCAGGAUGUCGAAUGUAUCCCCGAUCCAUCCCCGGCUAUAUCCCAGACUGGGCGGCGAAUGCGACGGCGAGGAGCAGGCGUCUAAAUGGUGGUUCCUGGCGGACGGAGGAUCGAAUCGCAACUCCUACCUCGGCGCCGAUUACGAGUUCAGCUCCAGCAGCGGCUAUGCACACAACACUUAUCACGGACGGGCACACCAUUACAGACCGUUCCUAAGCAAUAUGGGUGGCAUAGCGCCUGGUCUUCCAGCCACGGGGAUGCCGCCGGAUAAGCCUCUGCGCUUCACAGACUCACCGCAGCAUUACACGAGCAGUAUAACGGGCUCCAACGCACCGACGCCGAGUCCGAGGAGGAAGAGCAGCAGCAGCACCAGCAACGAGGACGCGUAUUCGCACGAGGCGCCUCGCGUCGAUCCUCGGAUGGAGAGGGUGCCGACGAUAUACAUGGGCAACGUCGCCCCGUUCCCGGAUUACGGACCCCCGGUGUAUUCCGUCGUUCCGCCAGAGUAUUAUCGGCCCCCUGAAUCCUAUUUCGUACCUACGGAAUAUCAUGACCGGAUGCUCGAAUGCCCCGAGUUCCCGCACGCAUAUGACAAUCCAAGUAGCAUGAAUAGCCCGGCAAGGCCGGUGUCGUCUAGACUUUUGCCUUACACGCAUCACCGAACCCCGUCGAACGUGUCGAACGCGAGCACGUCGAGCCAGAGCAACGUCAACCCGACGUUCCGACUGGAGGACGAGGACGAUUACGGCGUGUACUCGCCGGUGUCGUAUUACCAGCGACCGUCGAACGUUAUUUCGAACCUGGUAUCGACGUACAGCACGACUAUACUGAAUCACGAGUACGGCUCGCCGUUGCUGACCCGGCAGAACUCGCACUCCGACUCCAACUCGAACUCGGGCGAGCGACCGAGCAAUCUUGAGGUCGUCACUCGGCUGCGCUCCAGCCUGAAGAGAUCCAGCCACAGCAGUAAUCCGUACAGCUCGCCCAGCAAGAGCGUGAGCAAGAACAAUUCCGGUUCCGGCACGCCGACGAACCCGACGCCACCGGACUCGCUCACGUCCGAGGAUUCGAGCUACGUUUCCGCCAAGGACAGCCAGAUCUCCAUCGGCCGCGUGCGCUUCUCGCCGGUGACGUUCGAUCGCGAUGUCGCGCCAGCGCGUGAGGUUCACGUGAGGGACACGCUGCUGGACAUCCCGGUUCACGGUCAGAGCCAGGAUGUCACGGUGCCUUUGCAGGCGAAUCGACGUUUAAAUCGGAGCAGGAAGCCGAGCAUCUCGGAGCUGGAAAGAGAGUUCUUGUCAUAGCACUGGCUUAUUUAAGAUCGCAGAGCUCUCAUUUAUCUAGGUAGAAUCUGAAGCGUCGACGCUUCAGCUAUUUAUCGAGAUCUUUAGGGAAAAUCCGAUCUCCUUGUAUCAAUCGCGACGAUGAUCCGUAAAAUUCGAGCCGGUCGACCGGUGGAAGAAGAAGCGAUAGGGAAAAAUUCGCGAAACGAAUUGCACGUUGUCGAAGCACUGCCUCCCCGCGGACGAUUUUCAUCAUUAUAUAUUAAUGAGUCCGGGAAUCAACAUUCCAUGUAACACACGUACAAUCCAGCGAAAUUCGUGUAACGUAACGUAAUGUAAUAGGCGAUUAGACGAUUUUUAAUAUGAUAAUCGUCGUGUUGUAGCCACUCGCGUGGCUAUUAUAUAUUUAUGCAAUUUGAUAUUUCUUUGUGGUUUGUCGAGACAUUCCGAGAAUCGUUAUCAUGUUUGUAUAAUUAACGUUUUAACGAUAUGCGUAUAUAUUUGAAAGUGCAAAUAGGAAAAGCGAUACGCGACUUUUUGCGAAGGAGAAGAGUUAUCGAGGAUGUGUAAACAUGUUACAUGCAAUUCCACUUAUGCUAGUAAGAUUAAGAAGGAAACUUUUCUUCUCGUUUCUUAGCUCAUCGCGUUAUUCGAUUUUAUCUCAGCGCGAAACUCGUAAAUAUAUAGCUCGUACUUAUAGCACGAAAUUUUACAUUCGUAUGUUCCUCGAUAACGAAACUUUUGGUGAUAUUCGGCGCGAACACGAAACAUUCCAGAGAGAAACUUGUCGGAACGGAUUACAGAACUGUUUUACGCAAUGUAGAAUUAACAUUUCGUCUCAGAUCUCGAAUCGGAUUUAAAUAAUCCUAAAGUUAUUUUUUCCAGAGUUUAUGAUAAAUGCUAAUAGAGGAAAAUGUCAAUUCUACAUUGCACGGUUCAAUUGGAGAAUGAGAAACAGUAUUUCAAUUAAAGAAUGAGAAACAGUAUUUUCUUAGACCAGACAAUGCAUUGCGCGUACCUUCAUAUUGAUUUUACCUAAAUUGAAUUUUCCUAUUAUGGUAUUAUCAGUAGAGUCUUGGCAAAAAUUGCGUAAAUUUUAUGCGUUUUGUGCAACUUGUGUGAGCAAAUCACGUUAAAUUACAGGUUUGUUCUUUAUUGCUGCACUGAUGAACUAGUGCAUACUAGUGCAAUAAGUUAGAGUAAAACAAAAUAUACUUAUCUUACUUUAACUUAUUGCACUAGUGUGCACUAGUUCAUCAGUACAGCAAUAAAGAACAAACCCUACGUACGCAUCGGCAGCUCGAUUAUUGUACAUUAAACAAGAAUAUGUAAGAUUGUUAGAAGAAUAUUCUCGUUUGUCGAACUAAAA